GUACAUAGCGGGCUCGCCAUCCAGGAAACGACCUCCAGCUUCAUCUGCAGAGCAGAAAUUGAACUAGUUUUGCCACUUCUUUUUUCUACGGUUGAUUUUACUUAUUUCGAGUAAUUCUCACGAUCGGAUUGCUUUGGAAUCGCGUCUACCGAAUCAUCAAUCAGAACGGCUUGUGGCUCACCUCUUCGGCAUGACGACAAAAACUGAAGAUGCAGACUACGAGGUGAAUGCAGAAGUGCAAGGUGAAGGCGACGAUGAGUCGUCUUUGGCGGAAGAGGAGAGUAUGGAAUCACAGGAGGCUAUACAAGACGAAGUUUCGGCUUUAGAACGGGAAGGAGAUAUGCCUAUUGAAGAGUUGCUUGCUUUAUAUGGAUAUGAUGAUGAUGGUGGUGCUGUGGUCUAUGAAUCACCAUCUCCUAGUGGAUCAGAAAUUAUCACUAAAGAAAAUGUCGUCAUUGAAGAACCAAGUCAAGAGAGAGAUUUUGAUGCGAGUGAAUCUAGUGUAGUUUCAGACAAUAGAAAGAGCACAACAGCUAAUACAAAAUCAAAUUUACGGAAAUUGUUUCCGUUACGUAGUCAGAGUCGAGGUGCUAAUGAGAACUCAGAGGAAUCAUCAGAUGAUGAGGAUUAUGUCCCAUUGGACGACUGGAAAAAGGAAAUACACAUUGGUGAAGACUAUCAAGCUGUCGUUCCAGACAGGCCUGAUACUGUGUACAACAUUCCUACUGAAACCGAAGGAGACGUCCUUCUUUGGGACCCUUCUAGACUAGAGCCAGGGCAAGUGAAACACUUUCUGCAACAGUCCGUGUGGCAGUUAUCAGAGGGUGUCAACGGUAUUGAAGCGUUGCCGCUGGGAGCACCAGAUGGAGACAAUGAAAGAGCUCUCUAUUGUCUUCACAAAUGUGGAUACCAAGUGAGGUGGGCUUUGGAACUGUUUCCUCAACAGAGGGAGUCUCCUCUUCGGGCACUGCCUGCUGCAUGGUCGGAGGAAGAUUGCACAGGAUUCGAAACCGGGAUGAGAAUGUUUGGAAAGGACUUUCCUUCUAUCCUGGAACGGCUUCCCGGAAGGUCACUUAACGAACUAGUGGAGUUCUACUACUUCUGGAAGAAGACGGAAAGACAUGACCAUUUUGUACAACAAUUUCAACUGGGUGGCAGGCAAGACUGCGCAGUUCCUGCUAACCUUGAUGGACUAGAGAAGUAUGGAGACACAGAUUUAGAGUCCGCCUUCUCUAGUCGAGCACCAAGCCCCGGCCGAGGUGACAGCACAAGUCAUGUGCCUGACGGCUUAGCUUUUCCCCGCUCAGUCAACGUCGAAAGUACAUCGGAAAUAUUGCAAUCUGCAGGCGCAGUUACCAAAGGAGAACGUACUGAAACACUUGCAAGAGCAGACAGUGCAAAGGCAGCUUCCCCUACUUCGUCGCUCGUCGUCGAGUCAGGACACAGUUACGCAAGACACGAGAGAGGCAACAAGAGGAAGUCUGAGGAAUUUUUUGACAUGAACAAGCGCAAACGUGGCCGUGUUCCUGUUAAGAUCGGUUCCAAGCAUGAAGACCACACGUACAACACCGCAGACGAUAUACACGACGAGGGUGCGUCUCGAGCUACAGAAAACCGGUCUUUCUCUCUGCCGGCUCUGCCUGCGCCAGUCAGAACGGACAACUCGUCAGACUACCUUCUGGCAAAGGAAAUAUUACCAGAGUCUUCGGAUGACUCUUUCAAUGACACCAAGGCAAUGUAGUUAUACUUUUUCUAACAGACUCUUUCCUUGUCUAUUGUACUUCCUGACUCCACGUGGAAAGCAGAGGACAAAUACGAACUUGCCCGUGAGAAAAUGGGCACCCGCGGCUAUUGCAUGCUUGCCGUAGCUUUCGAAGUGGCGAGUAAGGUGUAAAUGAAUUCAGAUUCCAUAACUAUUUUGAAUGUAAUAUUGUAUGACGAAAUUGGUACGUAUACGUGCG